AUGCCUGAUAAACACAUCAACAUAAUUUAUGCAGAGAUGGACUUAAGCUCAACUCAAUUUUUCAUGUUCUCAAAAGUGGAUUUGGUACGAGACUCUAUGCUCAUUGGCAUAGUUUCGCACGCGUACCAAAGUCACACAAUUUGUUUUCAGUGUUGUUCUGACUCUUGUUGUUUUGUGUUGGUUGUGCGAAAGCUGACCAGACUCGACGGCCCAGUGAAAACAGGCCAGGGUUGUGCGAAAGCCGACCGACUGACAGACAGGCCCAGUAAAAACAGGCCCUUGGUCGUGCGAAAGCCGAUCAGACUCGACGGCCCAGUGAAAACAGGCCAGGGUUGUGCGAAAGCCGACCGACUGACAGACAGGCCCAGUGAAAACAAGCCUUGGAUUCUGUGA